CAUGUGGGAGGGUGGGGCGUACAGACCCAGUCCCUGGGGGUCCUGGAGAGCACAGCCACCCUCAGCCUCCUGGCAUCCGAGGUUGGACAGAACCCUGUCCCUUUCUGGGAGCACACACGGGCUGUUGUCAUCUCCUCUUGGAUGUCACACAGGGCUGUGCUGGAAGAGGGGGAGGAGGGGAUCUCCAAAGCAGCUGCUUUUCCAUCACGAGCUCUGCUUAAAGAGAAGGGUGAAUGAAAGCAGGCCUGGUGCCACCACGCACUGACCUUUCCUUGGCUGCCUUGGGGGCUUUUUCUGCAUCCAUAUCACUCGGACACAGCAGUGAAGGCUGCUGAGCACAGGCAGCAGUCACAAACGCAGUUGUUCUGUAUCUCAAGGACUCCACGGGCGCAGCCGCAAGGCAGACAGCUCACAUCCCUGACUCAGCUGGGCUGAAUCAGCUUCAUCCCCCCCAGAAUAUCCCAUUUGGUGCAAAAGGCAUUUGCAACCACAGCAGCUGAAGUUGGGUAGAGCCGCACCGCAGCACUGGGCGUUCCUUCCCUGCUCAAAGAGCAGCGCUGCCUGAAUGAGCUCCUCCAGCAGCAGGGGGGCUUUUGGUGCAGAUGAGCAACGUUCACAUGUUCAUUUGCUGCCUGCCAUCGCUCCACCACCAAGGAGUCCUGGCAGGGCUCAGCUCCGUGGUUUGCAGGAACGCGCAGACCCUGCUGCCGUGGCUCCAGCCUCGCUGCAGAGCAGGGUGCAGAAGGGGAACUCCCAGAAUUGCUGUUCAAAGCCACAGCUUUGUGUAAGUUUCAGCCCAGAUGGUGCCCUCAUCCGGGAGCACGCGGGGAGCAGAUGCGUUUUAGGGCGGUGGGUUCGAGGGCGGGGAGAAGGGGAGAGGAUGGGUGGCCCACAGUGCGGCCCCCAGGGCAGUUUGCCACGGCAGGACGGUGCUGCGAUGCUGAGGAUUGCAUGAAAAGUCACUGCAGUAAAUCAUGAAGGUCAGUCAUGGCAGUCAGCACCUGCAGCCAGAGCCGCGGUGUGCCGGGCACAGAGCAUCUCCAAACACAGCAGGAAACCCAAACGGGGCUCCACGUCCAUCCCCAAGCACAUACAUCCCCAUGGGGUUCCACACACAUCCCUACGGGGCUGCACAUCCAGCCCUGAGCACACGCACCCCUAUGGUGGCCGCAUGGGAUGCCCCAGCGCCGAUCGCUCCCUGCAGCCACAAAACGGCCCCUGGGCUGCAACGGGGCCAACCAGCCGUGGGCUCUGCCCCACCAGCACCCCAUAAAGACCCACAGCGGCGGGGUCACAGCAGCCCCCGUUAACCCUUUCUUUCCCUUUAAGCCCAGAGGUGAGGAGGGCGUGGUGGGCGGGGAUGGAACACCGGGAGCCCCGGCAACCCCCGGUGGGAGACCCCAAACACAGAGUCGGUUGGACCCUCUGGCCGACAGCAGCGCAUGGAGUUGGCUGCCGCCUGGCACUCCUCUCGUGGCCCCCCGGCGCCUCCGCCGCUCAUCCUUCCGGAGCUCUUCAGCCUCGCAGGCUCAGCCAAACCCUGCCAGCCCUCUGCGAUGGAGCAGCCCCUCCUCGCACCGCCGGCUAUGGGGACGCUGAUGGCACCCGGCGCACCCCGGGGUCCCCCGCCAGGGCUGUGGAUGGCUCCGUGCGGCUGCUUCUUCGACCCCCGCGUCUUUCACUUCGAGUGGACCACCACCACCGCGCCCCCACCGGCCAACCCCGCGGGCUCCGCUUCGCUGCCCACCGCUGCCCCGCAGAGCUGGGUGACCCCCCCGGCCCCCCCGCAGCAGUUUGUGCCCUACAAGCAGCAGGGCACGGCCGUGACCCCACUGCUGCCGUCGGUCGCCAACUUCCAGCAGCUGGAGGGGCAGAUCCAGCAGAUGAGGAUCUCGGAGGCCCCUCCGAGUGGCAGCAGCGCUGCGCCCACGGGUGGCAUCGUCCCCCUCCAUCGUGACACCCCAAUGGGCGCCUCUGCCGUCCCCAACCCCCAGGAGAUGGGGGCCAACCUGGAGAGCCUAGACAUAGAGCUGCCCGACGAGGUGCUGCUGGAGGAGGCCGUGAGGCUCUUCAACUGCUCCCCUGAGAUGGAGGGGGCCAACCAAGGCAGCCCCAGCAGCGUCCCCGUGCUCAAAGACCUCGGUGACCUCGCUGACCUCGACGAUAUCAUCUCCUGUCAUGACAUGAGCUCGCUCUCACUGCCCGAAGAGAUGCUCUCCUCUGACUACAGCAUCCCCGAAGCCUCCAGCAUGAUGCUGAGCGUGGAGCAGCUCGACAGCGUCCGGGUGAACCCCCAGGAGAUGCACCACGAUCCGACACCGCCAGCGCUGCUGCUGUCACCACCGCGGGGCGACGCAUUGCAGCCCAAAGCCAAGCUGGAAAAGAGGGGGAAAAAGCGACGGAACAGCUUCAUGCUGAGAAAGGGCUGCAAAUAGGGGGUCUCCACCUGCAGCAGUGGGGUGGGAGAGCAGGGUUAGAGCCCUUGUAA